CGUCGGAGGUCCGAAGCGGUCCGCGCCCUCUGGAGGCGCUCGGCUCCCGGGAUGGAUCCCGCGCCCGAUGCGGCGCCGCUGUCCGGCCUGGUCUGGUCGUCGGCCUCGGCGCCCCCGCCGCGGGGAUUCAGCGCGGCCGCUGCGUCCCGCAUCCCGGCCCUCGCUGCGCCUCUCCCUGCCGCCCUUGUCUCUUACAUCUGGGUUUCUGGGGUGAUCAUGGACGCUGGAGAGGGCAGCUUUUCUGUAGGGCACUGGCGGUAUCGGUCGCCCGAGGCCUCAGCCUUGAGCCAUCUUUGGGCCCUCUCAUCUCUGCCCCGCUCUCUGUCACUCCCAGAGGCCUCCGUGUCCAAGAAGAAACGAAUGUGCAUGAAGCUGAUGCCUCUGGGGGCUGCAGAUGUGGCUGUGUUUGAUGUACGGCUGAGUGGGAAGACUAAGACUGUGCCCGGAUACCUGCGAGUUGGGGACAUGGGUGGCUUUGCCAUCUGGUGCAAGAAGGCCAAGGCACCACGGCCGGUGCCCAAGCCCCGAGCGCUCAGCCGUGACAUGCGGGGCCUCUCGCUGGACCCCGCCGGCCAGCCCAGCAAAAACAGCUUGCCAGAGCGCACCCUGUCCCGGGCCUCCACGCUUCGCAGGAGCGACUCCAUCUACCAGGCAUCCAGCCUCUACGGGAUCUCCGCCAUGGAUGGGGUUCCUUUCACGCUGCACCCACGUUUUGAGGGCAAGGGCUGUGGCCCCCUGGCCUGCUCUGCCUUCGGGGACCUGACCAUCAAGUCGCUGGCAGACAUCGAGGAGGAGUACAACUAUGGCUUUGUGGUGGAGAAGACAGCUGCUGCCCGGCUGCCUCCCAGCGUCUCCUAGCGACCGAAGCCAGGCCAGCGCCACCACCCGGCCCGUGCCCACGGCUAUGGGGAAGCUCCACCCCCCACCCAGCCCUGGGGCCACAGGCCUGGGGCGGGGUCAGCCGGAUCCCACCCGUGCCUUCAGCCACAGCCACGGCGCCCGCAGCUCUGGGAAUAAACACUAC